GAAUUAUAAACUGCAGUGAAUGCAAAGGUGUUUAGUAGUGCUAGGUGGUAAUAAGUGGUUGGUAGUAAGUGUGUCACCAUCAACGACAAUCAAACUUUAAGCGAGCGUCCUUCCACAUUUUAAGUUAUACGAAAGGCAACUUGUGCAGUUUGGCGCAUGGCGUGCGUGCAGAGUGAUCGUUUGCUUCAAUGAUUGCAAAGAGAUAAUAAUAAUUUGCAUGAAUAUUUCGAGUUUAAGUGGGGGUGACGAGGACUGAAGCAAAUAAAAUAUUAUUACUUAUAAGAGCAAGAGUAAUGUUAAAUUUCAUGCACAUUGUGACGAUAAUGGAUUAAGUUUAGUUUUGCUCCCAAUGUUGCCUUGCUCAAACAAGACACUCGCCAAGCAAAAAUUAUAUCCCCGGAUACGACCACUGAUACGAGUAGCGUAGAGUUCAUAUGAGGAAGCACGAGUACUAAAACUUCCGGAUGGUGCGACUAUUUCAUGGGAGAUGUGUUUUGAAAAGUAGUAUUAAGAAAGCUACAUGUGCGAGUGGAUAAGGGCUGCAGUCCUAAAUUUACUUGGUGGAUCAGAGAAAAUUGUUCAAUUUUCUCCAGUAGGCGGAACGAUCUUUCAUUCUAACCAAUGUUACUGCGUCCAAAACAUGCGUCACCGUGGCUAAAGCUAUUUUUGAGCUGAAUUAAACUAGACGAUUUGAGCGGCUCUUAAAGUCUAAUAAAUGAAGUUAGCGUCGAACUUGGAAUCAUCCGACAAAGGGCUUCCUCUUCUCUGCUGCAACUAGUGUUCUCUCUCCGCUACGACUAAGAAACCUUCAAAAAACCGACCGUGCUUAAUCCGAAAAAGUGUUGUAUGAUUCUCUUGAAAAGUUGGAUGAACUAAAUCUAGAAAUGGCUGUUAUGUUCCUUGACAGAUCGGAAGUUUUAUUCCAGCAGUGAAAGUUUGAAGCACCCGUGAAGAGUCGAGACGUGAAAUUGAUUGCUUGUUCUGCUGAUGGUGUAGACUGGCAGUGAGUAUUCAUACAAGAGCAGCUCACAAAGAAACAACAGCAGAUAUAUGUACAAGUACUUAAGACAUGUGAAUAACAAAAUUGAGCAAGUCCAAGGAAAUGAGAACUCAAGCUGCUGUAUACGCAUCAUUUAAAAGAUUACUCCUUUAAGAAAAGCUUUCUUCGGAUAGCACGGAACCAAGAUUACAUACGCUUAUUGUGGUGAUUGGACACUGAACUGCUGCUGCUGCACAGCUUUUUCAUUUCUCAACAAUGGACUCGUGUUUCUUCAGCUGAACUAUUGUAGAUUUUUUCUUGUGAAUGGAAUCAGCUGCAGAGCCAGUUCUUCCUUUUUCCUCAUCUCAUUUUGAGUAUUCUACUAAAUACGGGUCGAAAACUUGUUUUUAUGAAUAUCAAAAACACCUUUCCUAUUGAACCAUAAAAAUGAUCCUUUUCUUGCUAUUCUGAGCAUCUGGAAGGGCAUGCAUGCAAGAAUAGGAUGCUCUCUCUCCCAAAUAUAAAACUAGCAAAGUCUAGAACUGUAUUUUUACUUCAAGAACUUUAGUAUAUAUAAAUAUGCCCUGGCCGUUCUCCGUCGAAUGUAUUCAUGUAUGUAGGCACAAAUAUAUGCAUAAAUCCUUCUCGGAAAACAAUCAUGUGAAAGAUUAUCCCACUUUUUUCUCUUGUUAAAAGUUGAUUAAUUCAGCUUCUUAUUAAACAAGCCUGAAAAAGGUCUGUGUUGGUGAUGCCUCCAUUCAAACUUCCGUUUGUGUGACUUGAAGCCAUGUUAUUAAUCACACUUGAAAAAAGAGAGCAGCUACAGAGUGAGAUACGAAGACAAGAAGAAGGAAACAGUCGUCGUCUUCCGUCUGUUGCUCUAGUCCUUCAUGUCGGUUUGUUAUGCUCUGCUGUGUAAAAUUCCCAAGAUUAUAAAUGGAUGCGUCGGACGAGUUUAAAUUUGUAGUGGUUAGUGGAAGAACUCGCAACAACGGUCAUCAUAAAGAGGGUUGUAGAGAUCCACUUCCUCGAAGUGGCAGUGUAGAAAACUUGAGGUCCGUUCCUGUACGCAUUUACAACACGAGCAAGAAUCUCAAACUUGAGUUCUUGUGGAAUCGAGCUUUCAAACUUUUCCAACAUAGAACGGUAAAAGUGUAUCAAGCCGUGUCCGGGAUCAAUUAUCAAGAAAGCUACGGAGAAAGAAGCUGCAGUCAUUCCGGGACAAGUCGGUCCACGGGGAUCAGUUUAAGAGCCAAAAGUCUAAGUCAUAGUCAUCUAAGUAUAAGUGGAUUGGAAAACAUAAUGGAACAGCCGGGGACAAGUCGUGGAAAUUGUAGUAGUGGUGGUGGAAAAGGAGGAAGUAACCGUAAGAUUCUUGUUGAGGGGAGCAGCAGUGGCAACAACGACGACGACGACAAUAAGAUCAAAACUGCAUACGAACAACAUCAACCAGUUGCAAUGCCAAGAAAGAGAACCGUUUCUAAGCUGGCAAGUAUUAGCAGCAGCAGUGGUAGCAGAAACAACGCAACAACCACUGUCAAUGCUAAUCCUACUACUUCUUCCAACAAGCAGCAGAGACCUGUCAGUAUUUCCGGGGGUGAAAAACCUCAAGGUGACGAAGGAAGAAUGGAUGAUAAUUGCAUCUCAAUGGGUAACAACAUUCGCAUUCCUCCUCCAUUUCUACCUGCUCAUUUGAGACGAAGUCAGAGUGCCAGGAGUCGCUGCAGUGUUGAUUCCCUGUUGAGCUGUCAUAAUCAUAAUGACAACGGCGAGAUUUCUUCUACUCAUGUACUUUCAUCCAACUCGUCACAAUUUCAUUCCCGUGUGCACAAAAAGUUAGCAAAGUCCAACACGCAACCAACCCCGGUAGCAGCAGCAGCCAGUCCAAUCUACAAUAAUUCGUGGUCCAUUUCUUCUUCUCCAUGUCCGGAUUUUGGCUCAACUGGAGCGUUUGAGAGAGGAAAUUGCUCCGACGACUGUUCAUCGGAAAUUGUGAGCAAUUUGGACUCAGGUCUUGACACCUGGAAGGCUACCACACGAAGCCCAAGUCCGUGUUCUUCUGGAAUGAAACCAAAAUUGAGAGAUUCUUCGGGUAUAGUCUGUACCAUUUCCCAAAGGAUUCCUACUUCGGAUGCCAAAAGUGAAGGGGCGUUACAACCAGAAGCAACCUCUCAAAUAAGUACCAGAUACGAUGACAGUUUGGAAAAUUGUCGAAAGAUGAUGAACUAUAAUAACAAUUGUUCCGGAACUGGGAACACAACCGUGGUUCUAAUAAACGGGUGUUUUGAAUCGGACCUGUGUCAAAAUGUUGCUCAAUAUGAUAGCCUUAACCUAAGUGACUAUGAUUAUGAGUGCAUGAGUGAAGUGGAUCUCAAUAGUGAGCCUGGGUCAACGGGUUCUGGAGUUGUUGCUGCUGCUUUUGUUGGAGGAGUCAGUAGUGGUGUUGUUUGUGACAAAGAAAAAUUAACCCGUGUUUGUAAUCUAUCAUGUGAAAAUAAUGAGUUGGACAGUUUAGAUCUGACUUUGUUUGAAGAAGCUCGUCGAGCAGGGCCCGUGGCGUCAUUUUGUGCGACAAUAAUGACGGACACUACAUUUCGACAAGAUAAUGAUGAACCGUUGUAUGACACAGUGUGUUCUGAAGAACAUGGUGAUAGUUUAUCUGGUGUCAGAAAUUACACCCCCAACGAGAGUGGUGGUAGCAAUAACAUAAAUUCAUGGAGCGAUGCUGGAAGUGAAUUUGAAUUCAUGUCUACAAAUGCUGCCUCCAAUCGUGAAAUUGUGAUGGGACACGUUCCUCGAGGAAAUCCACCGGAAGUAGAUUGGGAGCCGUACUACUGCGUUUUGAAUCAGCUCGACCAAAUUUUUACAGGAUAUAGAAGUGAAGAUUUUUACAAGAUCUUUCCUGGAACUCCGACACGUCCAAGGAGUCAAAAUAGUGGGUUGACGGACAACGGGAUAUCUUCAACGGAAGUACCUCGUAUGCGCUUGGACGGUGGUCCAAAUAGCAUAAAAUGUCUAAUCGGCAAUGCUGCGAAAUGGGGCAUGAACACACUGCUAGAAGAGGAAGAAGAGUCAGGGAUGCUCAAUGGGAGCACAAAUGACAAGAGCAAAAACGCCGAUUCGUCCUCUGGUUCUAUUCACAGAAACAGCAGCCCUCCUCUUGACACAAGUUACGACAAAGCUUGCAGCAGCACUGAACGAGAACGGAGAAGUUCAGCCCCCUUAACACCCUUACUUGGUGGGAGAGAAACUUCUUCGCGAUUUGCUAAUUUUUUUUCAAAACGAUCAUUUAAAUCAAAUCCAUUAAAACGUACAAAGAGUGUAACAAAGUUGGAGAGAAAGAAAUCUGGUGGUGGACUCGAUAAUGACAGUGGAUUGUUAUACCCAUCAAGGCUUCGGACUUCAAGAAGCCAUGAAAGCCUCUUGGCAUGGACAAAUCAUUCCGUCAGCAAUCUCGUAAACAACGGGAUGAUGUCUACAAUCGAACUGGCAGGUGGCAAUGUGACUAUCCGUCCGCUUCACCCAUCAGUCCUUGGUCAAGAUUUUGCAUUUCAAAUCAGCGCCCCUGUCGGGUCAAAGUAUUAUCUGUGUUCAUCUGCCGCUGAGCGAGACGCUUGGGUCUUUGCAUUGAGACAAGCAAUAAAGCCACAUGCAGACGAAAUCCGUAGGCAGGAUAAUGGUUUAAAAAUUUGGGUUCUGGAGGCGAAAGGAAUUGUGGGUACUGGGAAAAGUUCCUCCAAAAAGUAUUUUUGUGAAUUGUACCUGGACGACACGCUAUUUGCGAGGACGUGUGCAAAAACAAAGGGUGAUAUGCUAUUUUGGGGAGAACAUUUCGAAUUCUCUCAACUUCCAAACUGUGUUCAAAUGAUUACGGUGGUUCUCUUCAGAGAAGGUGAUAAAAAGAAAAAGAAGGAGCGCAACACAUGCCUAGGACGAGUGAAGAUACCCGUUAAUUCAGUUAAUUCAAGAUAUUUGAUAGAGAAAUGGUAUCCGGUGGUCCCAGAUUCAUCAAGUAGCAAAGAUAAAGAAGUCCCAUCGAUGAGAGUGAAAUGUAAAUAUCAGUCAGUCGAUAUUCUUCCUGUCCGGUGCUAUAAAUCAUUUCUUCAGUAUAUUAAAAACGAGUACGGUCCAGUUAGUGAAGCGUUGGAGUCUGUGCUGAGUGUGAAGGCUAAAGAAGAUUUAGCGAAUGCGUUGGUCCACGUGCUCCAUCAUGAAGGAUUGGCGAAGGAGUUCAUUGCAGAACUGGCCUUACAAGAAAUUCUCAAAAGCGGAGAUGAAAAACUUACAUUCCGAGGAAAUUCAAUCGCAACAAAAGCAAUGGAAGCCUUUUUGAAACUUUCUGGAACAGAAUAUCUCCAUUCAUCACUGGGGCCUUUUGUAUCACAUUUCCAAAGAUCGGAAGACGUUUGUGACUGUGAAGUUGACCCUAUGAAAUUAUCUCCUGGUGCAGAUUUGUUGAAAAAUCAACGAAACUUAAGAAUGGCUGUAGACACCGUGUGGAAAUCUAUUCUUCAUUCUCAUUCAAUGUUUCCUGUUGAAUUAAGGGAAUGUUUCUCCCACUGUCGAGAAGCCUUACGAACUGCAGGGAAAGAUGAAAUUAGUGAUCAUCUAAUUUCUGCAUCUUUAUAUCUUCGAUUUUUAUGCCCCGCUGUGUUAUCACCUAGUCUUUUCAAUAUUACGAAUGAGUAUCCCACCGAAAAGUCGGCACGAAAUCUUACACUUGUAGCUAAAGUUCUUCAGACCCUGGCCAAUUUUACGAAAUUUCAAGGAAAAGAGAGCUAUAUGGAAUUUAUUAACGAGUUUUUGGAGAAGGAGGCAUCAAGCAUGAAGGCAUUUUUAUCUUGCAUUUCUAGUCCCUUAACUGCGGAUAUGGCCAAGAAGCCAAAAGUACCCCCUGGUGGUUUCAUCGAUUUAGGCAAAUAUUCAAGUAUUCUUUCAACUUUGUUGGCAGAAAACGUAGCAAAGAUAGCCCCAAAGAAUGAUCGAUUCAAACCUUUACAAGAAAUUUUGGAAACUAUCCACUUGUGGUUGAAACAACCCGCAAAUGCUACAAACAUAGCUUCAUUUCCAUUUCCACCCCACGUAACCACCCCUGCGCCUACGAUCCCUCCUCCCCCCGCACCUUUAGGUGUUCCGAUGAGCUAUCGAGGGAAUAAUAAUAACACUCCCAGCUCUCUUCACUCACAGGGCGGCUCAAAUAAUAGUAGUAAUCAUCAAUAUCAAGUUCCCGUUGGUCCUUCACCAAUUUAUGCAGUGUCCAGUGUUCUUCAUAAUAACGCAAAUCCUAACGUAAAAAAUAUUUCCCAAAUGAACAAUAGAAACUGGGUCGAUAAUAAUAAUGGACACCAGCUCGCACUUCAAUUACAAAUUCCACAAGCUGCGCAACCCCAGACGGCUGUAUUGAGUAACAAUCAUCGAUCUGGUUCACAAGCUUCUUCCGGAUAUCAAAGUCAGAGCCCAGUUCUGGAAGGGGAUGAUAAAACCAAGAAAGCAGCAGUUAAUGCCAACAUAAAUACUCAAAUUGGUCACCCACAAUCCAAUAAUAGAGAUGAAACAGGAAAUACAACAGCUUUAACUUUCACCAAUCCAACAUUUCAUAGAAAGGUUGGCUCACACAGCGUUGAUAACUUGAGUUCUCUUGGAGUAGAUUUCUUAAAUCAAUCAAUAGUUAAACGGAGACUGGCUAGAUCGUCCAGUUCGUCAGAUUGCGAACCUGAGCAAAUGCCGAUGCCAAUGAAACCAAAACUACGUUCUGGAGUUGCAAGUGAUGUUUUAUAUGGAAAUCUUCAACCAAGUUCCAGCAGCAGUCAUUCUAAGCAGCCCAUCAAAUCCAAUCAUAAUCGGCUACACAGGAGGUCAUCCGCAGAACUUUUAAGGAAAAAUCACCCUUACAGCUCGUCCACUGAUGAUGAAGAGUAUGAUGCCCCUAUAAAUCAACAGCGGCAGGAAAUCACUCCUCAACUUCCACCAAGAAGAGGUCAGCUGAAGCGAAAUUCUGCACUGAGGCCAACUCCGAUUGUCGAUGGAAGUUUUAAUGAAACAUUGCAGGAAGACAUGAGAAAGUCUUUCCAAGAAGGUGUUCCUGGGAUAAACUGCUCUGAGUACGAACGUGAAAUGGUUGACUUGAGACGUGCUAUGGAAGUGUUACAAGUGAAAUUAAGCAGAGCCGAGGAGCGUUUGUUUGGUUCAGAAGGAAAUGGCCAAUCUCAGCAGCCGCAGCAGCAGCAGCAACAACAACAGCGUGAUGGAGAUCGAUUCUUUUCUUCAAGUUUUGUACAAUCACCAGGAGUGAAUAAUGUGAGAAUGGAGGAGGACAAGUCUAGAGAUAUGGAUCAUUUGCUACAGAGGCUGCUCAGUGCAGAAGAAGAGAUGAGACGAGAACAAGAACUUUUGGUAGCUUUGGAUAAGAAACAACAAUUGAUUGAUGCACAAGAAGAAAAGAUUGCUCGGCUGGAUUCUGUAAACAAUCAGCUCUUGGAUGCGUUAGCACAGAUCAGGGACACGUUACAACAGCAACAUGUUCAACAACAACAGCAAAAGAUUCAACAACAACUUGUAUACCACCAACAACACCUUCAAAAUUUAUCAAACUCCAUGAUUCCUGCGGCAAAUGGUUAUCCCAGAAAUAGUACAAAUCGUAAGAAUUCGUCCUAUGAUAGAACGAAUUUCAACCCUCAUGGUCGACAAACCACCACCAGAGAUUCAGAAUCACAUUCCAUGUACAGAAGCAACAGUAUUAAUAAUAUCAAUAAUAACACUACAAAAGUACUUAUCACAAAUGGGAACAAUAAUGACAGCAGCAUGCAGCAAACACCUCAUCAGUCUAAUAAUUGUGACAUUGAUAACCGAAAUGACUCCAAUCGCAAUUCGGCGACUUACCUUGGAGAGCAAGCGUUGCAAAUGUUGGCAGAGUUGAAGAGCAGUUCUUGUUAGAUAUUUCACUGCCUCGAACCCAUGAUUAUACAUUUGUAUAUGUAGCGUAUACCCUUCAGACAUCGCAUUUUUUGUUUUUUACUUAUUUUGUCUCACGCAGAUACCUUUAAUACUACCAAAAUGGGAUCAAUAUAAAUACCACGCAAUUGACUAUGUUGUUGCAUAUUAUUUAAUUCCAAUUUUACCUAAUGAACUCCUUAUUAACUUUUUGAGAGUUUUGUAGAUCUACUUAUUACUAAAAUGUACAAUUUUGUGUAUAAGACUUAGUAAUAGAUUCUCCGUAUUUUAGUUGAAACUUACUUAAUCAAGUAGACAGUAUUAAUCUUCAAAGUACAGAAUAUGAAUUAUGAGAAUUUUUAUAUUAUAUGAAAAUUCCAGCAGACCCCGUUAAAGUAUGAAGUAUCAAAACAGCCACCACUUGUUGCAUUGAUAUUUAUUAUCAACUUUCUAAAAAAUAUGAUACCUUUCGAACAAUAAAAUUGGUUUAUCAAUCGAA